ACAUAGUGUACGUAUAAGUGGGAGAGAGAGAGAUGGAAAUAGAAAGUAGGCUAAUCUCGAUAGAGACUAUCACACCAUCUUCUCCAACUCCAAAAUCUCUUCAAAAACACCAACUUUCAUUUUUUGAUCAAACUACGCUUCCCUCAUUCAGUCACUUUGUCUACUUGUACUCAUCAAAUCCCAAAUUUUCCAAUUCCCGAAAAUCAAAGCAGCUAAAGAAAUCCCUAUCAGAGGCCCUCUCCAUAUACUACCCCCUCGCCGGCCGAAUCGUCGGAAACCUCUACGUCGACUGCAACGACGCCGGAAUCCCCUUCUCGGAGGCCGAAGCCGACUGCGACCUCCGGCAAGUCAUAACCACCCAAAACCGUACAAAUUUGAAGAAGUUUCUACCUUUGACAACGGAUGAUCUUUGCCUGGCCGUUCAAGCCACCUAUCUCCGCUGCGGCGGCCUCGCCGUGGGGAUCAGCCUCGCACACAAGAUCUCCGACGCGUUAUCUUUUGUCUUGUUCGUCAACACCUGGUCCGCCCUCGCGAGAGACGGUGGUGCGCCGGCGCCGCUCGUGAAGUUGGACACGGCCACCUAUGCUCCGCCGCUGGACAUUCUCCAGUCCCCUUCUGCAAAACUAUUGGAGGAAGAGGUCACCGCCAGUACCUUCUUGUUCUCGGCCCCAGAGAUCGCUGCUCUCCAGGAAAGGUACACCGCGGCGGGAGGGCAUCGUCCGAGCCGGGUCGAGGCACUAUCGGCUUUUAUAUGGACCUCCUACGUGUCGGCAGUCGGCGUUAGGUCCGACCAGGGUUACACCUGCGUAGUGUACAAUUCGAUAAACUUGAGGAGCCGGGCCCACCCGCCUCUGUCCGUACACCAGUUCGGUAACUUGAUUGUUCCUUCCACGGUGGAGGCGGUGCCCGGGGACAGCGGCGUCCAGCUUAUACGGAAGAUGAGGGAAGCUUCGAUGGCGGUCAAUGCCGGGUACGUGGCUGGGCUGAAGAAGAGGGAGAUGCAGUUGGAAGUGCUGCGCAAUACAAGUAGAGCCGCGGUGGAUAGAUUCUUCUUCUCAAGUGUGUGCAGGAUUCCUUUGUAUGAAGCGGACUUUGGGUGGGGAACACCCGACCGGGUCAUCAACGUUGGCAUGCCUGUCAAGAAUGUGGUAUAUUUUAUGGAUACAAAGAGUGGGGGUGGAAUUGAGACAAAAAUUCAGUUGACCAAAGCAGAUAUGGAAAAACUUGAAGCUCUUCUGAUGAUAAAGAGUAAGUUGUAAUGUUAAAAUUUCAUAACUACUACUAUUAUAUACUCUCUCCGUCCUAUUAAAUAUGCAGUGUUUGGGUAUCGACACAAGUUUUUAUAUAGUGUUGUUUUGUGAGUUAAGAAGAGAGAGUAAAGUAAGAGAGAUGAAAAAGUAGAGAUAGAGAUGUUUUCAUUUUAGAAAACGUUUCAUUUUUAAUGGAAUAAACAAAAAAGGAAAACGUUUCAUUUCUAAUGGAACAGGAGGAGUAUAUUGCAUGUGGUGCGGGAAGUAUUUCACUUGUUUGUACUUAAUUAUACGUUUGUACCAACUCUUUGUACUUAUGUACUCAUUUCAUCCAUAUCAAUAAAUUUCUUAUUUAAACUGGA